GACUCCAGCCCAUACAGGGUGGUGCAGGGGUGGGCAGAACUGCGAGGAAGAGGGGUGUGUAUAUGUGUCAGCUUAAAGUACCGUGCACUGCAUUCCAGGGCAGGCAUAUAUAAGUAUUCAGAUCCAAGAACGAAGAACGAAGAAGAAAAGUUUCCAAAAGUUUGACGCUGAGAAAUAAUUACUCAGGACGAAGCAGAGGGUUCAUCGCUGAUCCAGAGGAGAAUCCACAUAAAUAAAAAUGCCAGGUGAGCGGUUGACAGUAAGAGGAACAUCAGAGGUGGGGCGUUUCCCUGGAGGAGCCCCACCCACCAGGGUGGAGCUGACCAUUCAGAAAGAGGGCGAUAAGAAACAGGAGGAGGGAGGCUGUCGCCGCUGGUUCAGGAAGAUGUGUCCAUGCUGCUGUAAGCGCCAGAACAGCACCUCCUAUGAUGUUACAGACAAGGUGGAAUUGGUCAAACCACCGGCUCCAGUCCCUGCACCGGAGCCCGCCAAGCCCAAGCCUGAGAAUGGAGAAGCAAAGGAAAUGGAAGAAAUAAAGUUGUCGGUGCAUUCUGUGGACCUACUGAGCUCCAAGACGGGUCAGAACAGACGGGAACACCACACCGACUUGUAUCACGGGGAGGAGCUGAUCAUCCGCAGAGGACAGACCUUCCAGAUAGAGCUGGAGCUCAACAGGCCCUUCAAUGCUGACACUGAAAAGCUGCAUCUGGAACUGAAAACAGGUCCCCUGCCCAUGGUGUCCAAAGGCACCCAUGUCAUCAUUCCAUUGGUGGAUCACCUGGAGGAUGAGCGCUGGGAAGCCAAGAUUGUAGAGCAGAACGGCAACAAGAUCAAGCUGUCCGUCAACUCACCAGCCAGUGCUGUGUGUGGCCUGUACGGGCUCACGGUGGCAUGUAACUCCUCAAAGGGCGAGGCAGCAACUACUCACAGCUCCAGCAAGAACAUUGUCAUGCUCUUCAACCCUUGGUGUGAAGAGGACACGGUGUUCCUGGAUGAUGAAGACGAGAGGAAGGAGUAUGUUCUGAACGACAUCGGGAGGAUUUACUAUGGCACAGAGAACCAAAUAGGUGCCCGCACAUGGAACUUUGGGCAGUUUCAUGAGGGAAUCCUGGAAGCGUGUCUGUUUAUCCUGGAGAAGAGCGAUAUGCCUGCAUCUGGUCGAGCGGAUCCUGUCAAUGUGGUUAGAGUCAUAUCUGCCAUGAUAAACGCUCAGGAUGACUUUGGGGUUCUGGUAGGGAACUGGUCUGGGGAUUACUCUGAUGGAGUCUCUCCUGCGGCGUGGAGUGGCAGCGUGGAGAUCCUAAGGAAAUACCACUCCUCCAACGGAACGCCUGUGUCAUAUGGGCAGUGCUGGGUCUUCUCUGGGGUCACUACAACAGUGCUGCGGUGUCUUGGCAUACCUGCCCGAAGUGUGACCAACUUCCAGUCUGCUCAUGAUACUGAUGUAUCCCUCACUACAGAUGUCUAUUUUGAUGAGGAGCUGGAGCCGAUCGACUACCUCAAUAGUGACUCUGUCUGGAACUUCCACGUUUGGAAUGACUGCUGGAUGGCGAGACCAGACCUGCCCCCUGGUCAUGGAGGCUGGCAGGCUGUUGAUGCUACUCCCCAGGAAACAAGCCAGGGCACCUUCCGCUGCGGCCCUUCCUCCAUCAACGCCAUCCGCUCCGGCCAAGUCUACCUCAAACAUGACACACCGUUUGUCUUCGCUGAGGUCAACAGUGAUAAGAUCUACUGGCAGAGGAAUCUGGAUGGUACGUUCAGCCAGUUCCACAGUGAGAAGAAAGCUGUUGGCCACUGCAUCAGCACUAAAGCAGUUGGCUCUGAUGAACGGGCAGACAUCACACACCUGUACAAACACCAAGAAGGUUCGGAUGAGGAACGCAUCGCUGUGGAGACUGCCAGUCGCUAUGGCAGCAAGCCAGAUACCUACUCCUCACCCAUGGCAGAGGAUGUGUCCGUGGAGGUGAGGAUGGAGGGUGAGGGGCCCAGGAUGGGUGCUGACGCCAAGCUGAGCAUCCUGGUGAAGAAUCUGAGCUCGCAGCCUCGUCGGACAACUCUGCACAGCCAGGUGGCCGUCAUGUACUACACUGGUGUGCUCAAGGGCACCAUCAAGAAGGACCAGAUGCCUGUGGAGCUUCUGCCCAAUGAAGAAAAGACCAUUGAGUGGGUGCUGCCCUACCAACAGUACCAAAACCAGUUGGUGGAUCAGGCAGCUCUGAUGCUGACCCUGUCUGGAAGAGUCAGUGAGACCCAGCAAGUAUUAGCCAACCAGACCACCUUCAGGCUCCGUACACCUGACCUCAAAAUCGAGCCUUUGGGAGAAGCUGUGGUUGGUAAGGAGAUGUCGGCCAAGAUUACCUUCACCAACCCCCUGCCACGUUUACUGAAAGGAGUGGUGUUCAGAGUGGAGGGCCUGGGUCUGCAGAAGGGCCAUGAAGUGGUUGUGGGUGACGUCAGCGGUCACUCCACAGUGACACUGACCGAGCAUUUCAUCCCCACCCAGCCCGGACCCAGGAAGCUGGUGGCGUCUCUCGACUGCAGACAGCUAACGCAAGUGCACGGAGUGGCCGAUAUCGUCGUUCUUGAGCAAUGAGAGGGUGCUAGCGACAUCACUUCCUGUCCUGCUUCUCACUUUUUCCUCAUAAAACAUAAAUUGAGAGCCUCUAAUUAUAUGAAAGGUGUUCCUGUAUCUUAAAAUUGUCUUGUUUAUUUUGUACUACAGAUAUUUUUAAAACUAUAAAUAGACAAUUAACAACUGUAGCAUUAUCAGUAUUAUAUUUUUUAACAUGAAAUUAUAUAAAUGAACACUUCUGCCUUGCUUUUAAUUGCUAAAGCUGUGGUGAAGUUUGCUGCAGGGUUUAAAUGCAUGCACAGAGAAAGAAGUGCUUUAAUUAACAAGCAUUCGUAUAUUGAGGUUAUAAAACUGUCAAAAAACAUUUGUGCAUUUUAAGACACUGAACAAGUCAUGUGAAGGAAGCCGGGUCCUGAACAUUUGGUGAUACUGUAAAUACUGUAUGUGUAUUACUCAUGUAGCUAGUCAUAAGAUGUGAAAAGUAUUGUCAGACAAAACGAACCUCACGUGGCUUACAUGAAGGAAGGGUACUGUGAGAUGUUUUCAAAGGAAAUGGUGAUUGACAUUUUGCAAGAGGCAUAUUAUUGUAUUAUAAUUCCCAAAUGUUCCAUUUAACUUAAAGGUGCAGUUAUUGUUGAAAGAUAAAAUUAUUUCCCCCCACAAAUUAACAAUGUAGAUUCCCAAAAAUGUAAAUCUACAAGGACAUAAAAGGUUGUUUAAUCAUCACAUGAAAUGCAAAUUUACAGUGCCUCCUUUACUUUGAAAACCCACAAGUUACCACUCAUAAAACUGAAAUGUCUCCAUUAGCAAAAUGCAAACCUAAAUGUUUCCUAAUUGAACCAGAUGUUGUUCUGUGUGUUUCUCUAUCAUGUGUUUAUAAUAACAUUUAAUUCAGAUUAUAUAUAUAUUGCAACUUACCUACAAAAUUGGACUUAUCACUGCUGUGAAUUCUAGCAAACCAUAUCAGGAUGGAGACCAGUGUCCAUAAUUCACCUGCGCUUUUACCUGGUUCUAAUCUGUUCAACUUCAGCACUCAAAGUACAAUGUGAAAAAAAUAUUUUAAUAACAUUACAGUAUUUAUCUGCCUUAUCAACCUGUGUUUGUUUGUAUUCUAUGUGUUGCAUUGGUAAUAAAACUUGUACGUUAA